CCAUACACCAUACUUUCAUUACCAUUUGACAUUCUUUACUUCAACCUAUAUUAGCAUAAACAAUACCAAUACAUCACUAAGAUUCUAUUACAUUCCACUGAAUUCUAGAAUAUACUAGGUGAGCCCACCCUUCCUCCCCAUCCAAUUAACAACAGAAACUCAACUGCUCUUACUAUACUACAAUAAUCGCAAAUGUUAAGUUAUAUGCCUAUGUUAACCAUGACAAAACAGCCUACAUCGCCUCAUACAACUAAUGGUUCACACCAUGUGCCUUCUUCAAUUCCGGUUAUUACUCAAACCCACAUUCAUUUCCCGUCUCCCACCACCGAUUCGGCUAUAGCCACUACAAAUGGAGCCUACUCCGAAUCGGCUAAUGACAAUUCUAGCCACACAAACAAGCAACAUAAAUCUAAACGCACAUCAAAGGGUCGCGUGUUUCAAUGCACAGGAUAUCCUGGGUGUAGUAUGUCAUUUACCAGAAGUGAGCAUUUGGCCCGACAUAAACGGAAACAUACUGGUGAACGACCAUUUACAUGUCCAUAUUGUUCCAAGAAUUUCAGCCGGUUAGACAAUUUACGUCAACAUAAGCAAACAGUUCAUGCUUAUGAAACUUAUUUGAAUAGGAAUGGUGAUGUUGUUUCUGGUGAUGAUGAUAACGACGAUAGGAAUAAUGGUAAACCAAGAAAAAGACUGAUACGGCAGCAGCAGCAACAGCAGCUGCUGCAACUACAUCCUCCACCGCCACAACACCCACAACCACUGCAGCAGCUUGCAGCACAACAAGCCUAUUAUCCUGCCCCUCAUUCAGCUCCAUUAUACCCACCACCACAGUAUGCUCAAGUUUACGUGAGUGGUGAAUAUCAAGCACAAUCUCCAGUAACAAAUGGCUAUUAUAGUCAGUAUCAAUAUAUCAACAAACAAACUACUCCAUUGCCACACUAUCACGUCACAGGAACAACCACACCCAGUUCAAACUCCACUCCUACUUCAUCUUCCGCUUCGUCUAACUCGACUUCGGAAGCUUUACCUCAAGACGAAUUAAAAUUACCAAAACAUCAGUUCAACCCAAAAAGAAGACCAAGACCUUUAUCAUUAUUGCCAUCAACUUAUCAUAAUAACCACAUUAGCAUGUAUCCAUUAAAAUCAGCCCCACCUACCAAUAAUAGUUUCAAUUUGGAUCCAAAUACCCUACCAUUACCAUUAAAAUCAGCAUCUUCCAUAUCUUCAAUUCCAUCUUCAAAUUUAAUAAGUCCUUUAUCACCUUUAUUCCACCAAUCGUUUGGUCAAACUUCUCUAAGAAAUAAUUCACCUCACAGCAGUAAUUUGAAUCCAAACUCGUCAAUAAUUUCCACAUCGACCAGUAAGUCACCAUUGUCUUCAUAUCAUAAUUUGUCUUCAGCUACAAAUUUGACUACAGUGAUAAGUAAUGGUGGUGGCAGUACAGCUAGUCUUCCUUCGGUGCUGAAUUUACCUAUUCCAACCAACUGGCAGGCAUCUUCGCCUGAGAAAGUUAAUAGUGCUCCGUUGAACGGUACGACAACAACCCUGGAAGCAACAAGCAACGUUACUGCUGCUACUACUACCAGUUCUACUACUACUACAAUCGUUCAAACAAAAAGUUGGUUAAAAGAUGUGUUGAAUGAUGAAAAAGAUCAAAACAAAGAAUUAGUUCUGCUGCAACUGUUGACCCAAGUGCUUUCCAUUAAUUCAAUCGUUACCAGCAGUCCUAAAUCUGAAAAAUCAUUUAUUGACGAAAAUGACAAAGACCUUUCCACGCCUGAUUUGGUUGAUACUACUAUCUCUAAAAAGCCUACGAUUAAUAGCUUGAUUUCUGUUGAUGUAAAAGAGGAGGAAAGUGAGUAAAUACCCUAGAUUUAACGUUAUGUACUAUAUAAUACCCGCAAAAUAUAUGAGAACUCGGAAAACCUAACAAGUAUUACGGAAAUUAAUCCGACAGACAUAAAAUUAAAAAAAAACUAGCCACCACCUGUCAAGUCUAAGGGGGAGCAAACAAAACUAAUAAUUCUUUAAAAAAUUUUUUUAACCGUGGUUAUUUACCGUGGGAUCUUUUUGUUUCGUCGCCAAGCCCAGGGCGUCUUUGUGAAAUUUUCAGUCAUAUGGUCGUGUAAUCUAAAAACAGUCCCCUCACCACUCACCCCACCUGGGGAUGUGCUACCUUUUCCAGAAACCACCGCCUUGUUAUGGCUUUGCUCAGUACUAAAAACCACCUGAUCGACUAAAAUAACAAGAAACCAACCCGCCUCAAAAAAUGGUGGAAAUAUGGCACAACACCGAUAACCACAAAAUCAACCCUCAUUAUGAAAUAAUUAAUAAUAUUCUAGCCACAAGCCGCAGGAACAAGUUCCACAUGCAUGUAUGGGCGAGAAUCCGCGCUCAGCUAUUUUAAAAAAUGGGCUAAGAAAAAUAAGGCGAAAAAAAUACAUCCAAAAUUUUUACCUAGUGUUCCUGAAUUAGGUUAUUGUUGCUAUGUUCCUAGUACUGUUGCUGCCUACCGGGAAGGGUUCGGAAUGUGUGGCAAAGAUACAGAUCUAGACUUUAGCUGUGAAUAUUGUU